CGCCCUCUGCCCGCAGCUCGGUCCCGCGCUGCCCCCCGCGCCGGGCCCGCGCCGGGAUGGGGUAGGGGCAGCGCCACGGAGUCGGGCGAUGGGCCGCCCUCUGGGCACCGAGCAGCCCCCCGAGGCCUGACCGAUCGCGAGGACCGGCGGAGGAGCCCCGCCUGGAUGUCAAGCGGAUGCCCCAGUGCCUCCCAGCGGACUCGGUGGGGACCAUGGCUUCGCUGAUGCCCCUCUCCCCAUAUUUAAGCCCCACGGUCCUCCUGCUGGUCAGUUGUGACCUGGGCUUUGUGCGAGCAGACCGGCCUCCCUCUCCUGUGAAUGUGACAGUCACUCACCUCAGAGCCAACUCGGCCACUGUGUCCUGGGACGUCCCAGAAGGCAACAUCGUCAUUGGCUACUCCAUUUCCCAGCAAAGACAGAAUGGCCCUGGACAGCGUGUGAUCCGGGAGGUGAACACCACCACUCGGGCCUGUGCCCUCUGGGGCCUGGCUGAAGACAGUGACUACACAGUGCAGGUCAGGAGCAUCGGCCUGCGGGGAGAGAGCCCCCCAGGGCCUCGGGUGCACUUCCGAACUCUCAAGGGUUCUGACCGGCUACCCUCAAACAGCUCAAGCCCAGGUGACAUCACAGUGGAGGGUCUGGAUGGAGAGCGACCGCUGCAGACAGGGGAAGUGGUCAUCAUUGUGGUGGUGUUGCUCAUGUGGGCUGCUGUAAUUGGGCUAUUCUGCCGCCAGUAUGAUAUCAUCAAGGAUAAUGACUCCAACAACAACCCCAAGGAGAAGGGGAAGGGGCCGGAACAGAGUCCUCAGGGAAGGCCAGUGGGGACAAGACAGAAAAAGUCCCCAUCCAUCAACACCAUCGAUGUAUGAAUGAAGAAACAGAACCAGAAAACAGAUGCACUAGCAACCUGGGGAUGGGGAUGGGGUCAGGGAGAGCCCCAGCUGGUGAUCUGCCCAAGACUGAAGGAUCCCAGUUUCCUAGAGGGUAAUGACACUCCCACAACCUCAGGCCUGGUACCCGUCCUCUUUCCACUGUGAGCAGGGCCAGAAGGUAGGUCUUAGGGUCUGCACCCCUGGACCUGGGGAAUGGCUAUCAGAUGGGAUACGUCCUUCCAUCCCCCAGGUCCAGGGGAGAGUCACUUACUCAACUGUAUCCCAUUAGGUCCCAAACGGGACCCCCAUUUCACCUGCAUCAGGACUCUCGGCAUCCCCAGCUGCCCCCACAUCUUGCCUCUGGGUCUCAGAGAGGGGUGUUUCUUUGGGGACUCCCCCUCCCCCAGCAAAUAAAAGGAAAUGUCUGGGUCUGGAGGCAGAUGCCGCACUGCACUACUCCAAUGUCUUCCAUGGAGCCUCGGGUGCUCCCCCUCUCACCCGGUAGCCCCUCCAGCUGCUGGUGACCUCACCCCUUGGACAUUUUUCCAAUAAAGGUUCUUGGACAAACUGGA